CUCUCCCUGUCCUGCCAGACCCAGGACUGCUGCUGUCAGGGUGUGAGAGAAGCAGAUGUUGCUGAUCAUGGUUUAUUUGCUGUUUCAGGCUCCAGUCACAUUUGAUGACGUCGCUGUCUAUUUCUCUGCGGAGGAGUGGGAGGAGCUAGCGGAGUGGCAGAAGGAGCUGUACAAGGACGUGAUGAGGGACAACUACAAGGCUUUGAUCUCCCUGGGACAUGCUGCUGAUAAACCUGACAUUAUCUGGCUGAUUGAACGUGGGGAAGAGCCAUGGGUCAAGGGUCACAAGCACUCGGGGAGUGAAAAAGCUUUUAACUUCGUCUCAGUUGCCGAGAUCAGGAGGAAGAAGGAGACUCAUCUGCAGGAGACUCACAGGGAAUUGGAAGUGCCCAGGCUGUUAGCAGGGGGACCCACAGAACGUGGCCUCCAGAGCUCGGAUAGGGAAUUAGCCUGUCAGGUUCAGUCCAGCUCAGAAGAUCAUCAGGGAAACUCUGCCAGAAGUGGAGUGGAGCCACCUCCUCCUUGGCAAAGCGGGCUCACUGCAGCCACCUGGCAAUGCCACUGCCUGGGCGGUGAGCAGGCGGCUCCUUUUGAACUCUCUGAGGAACGCCCACGUGAGGCUGAGGACAGCCAUGGGGAGAGCUCUCAUCUUAGUGCAUGUCAGAGAAUCCCCCCAGGAGAGACCCCCUAUGUGUGCGCUCGCAGUGAGCAAAGCCCAGCCCGGCCUGCGCCCCAGGGAAUUCCCCCAGGAGAGACCCCUUGUCUGUGCGCUCGCUGUGAGCAAAGCUCAGCCUGGCCUGUGCCCCAGAGCAUCCCCCUAGGAGAGACCCUCUGUCUGUGCGCUCGCUGUGAGCAAAGCUCAGCCCAGCCUGUGCCCCAGAGAAUCCCCCCAGGAGAGACCCUCUGUCUGUGCGCUCGCUGUGAGCAAAGCUCAGCCCAGCCUGUGCCCCAGAGAAUCCCCCCAGGAGAGACCCCCUGUCUGUGCGCUCGCUGUGAGCAAAGCUCAGCCCGUCCUGUGCCCCAGAGAAUCCCCCUAGGAGAGACCCUCUGUCUGUGCGCUCGCUGUGAGCAAAGCCCAGCCCUGCCUGUGCCCCAGAAAAUCCCCCCAAAAGAGCGACUGUAUAGAUGCCCCAAGUGCGAAAAAAGCUUCUGCUACAAGCAGGAAUACACGUGGCACCAGAGAGCCCACCUUGGUGAUAGACUCCAUAAAUGUAGUGGGUGCGAGAAAAGCUUCCGCUCCAAGCAGGAGCUGGUUUGGCACCAGCGGGCCCACUCAGUGGAGAGGCCAUACAAGUGCAGCGAGUGUGAGAAGAGCUUCCGCUACAAGCAAGAAUUUACCUGGCACCAGAGAGCCCACGUGGGCGACAGGCCAUACAAAUGCCCCACCUGCGAUAAGCACUUCCGCUACCAGCAAGAGUUCACAUGGCACCAGCGGAGCCAUGCUGGGGAAAAGAGCUACACGUGCCUGGGCUGUGAGAAGAGCUUCCGCUACAAGCAGGAAUUCAUGUGGCACCAGAGGAUCCACGCAGGGCAGAACCCCUACCGAUGCCCCACAUGCCAGAGGACCUUCCGCUGCAAGCAGCAGUAUACGAGCCACCAGAGGGUCCACAGAGGGGAGAGGCCCCAUAGAUGCUCUGAGUGUGGUAAGAGCUUCAGUCGGAAUUCAGCCCUUCUUAAGCACCAGCGACUUCACACCGAGGAGGAACCUUACCGCUGUCCUGACUGCAAGAAAAGCUUCAGCCAGAGCGCAAACCUUCUCCAACACCAGAGAUCCCACGCACGCAGGAGAGCCCAGCUGGAUGGGCAGAAGCCUUCCGAGGGGAGGCAACCCCAGCAAGGCCCUAACAAGGCUGCAGGCAGAGAGACCCUGUAAGCCCCUCGAGCCUGCAGCACGUUUCAGGGGGAGCACUCACAUCUGGGAGCCCGAAGCAGGAGAGGAGCUCAGCUGAUGAACCUAGCAUGUGAGAGCCUCACGCACAGGCUGAAGUUGCAGUGCCACGCGGGAAAGACCUGGGAAGGGGCUGAACGGGUGGAAAGGGCUGUAGAGUCAGCGUCCCUUGGGGAGCCCAGGAAAGACACACACACAGCAACGAGUUUGCAGUAGGUCCAGUAGGACAUCUCUUCCUGAAGGUGCUCAGAUACUUCAGUGAUGGGCAGCAGGCUAGAAUCCAGGAAUCCAGUGCCCCGUCUGGCUGCUGACUCCGUGCCACCUUAUUGCUAAAUGAGUAGCUGCUCCAGUGCCCCUGGGACAGAGGAGCUCACGAGCUGCAGUCCUGCUCCCCUCACACUGCAUUGUCAGCCUUAAAUAUGCCAGGAGAUCCCAUUGCCGGGGGGAAACCAACAUGUUCAUGCAACAUUGUGGUGGAGGAUGUCAGUGCCACGGAGUCAGGACAGUCGAAGUGCUGGGACUCGCAGCAGCCCUUAGUUGAGCCCUCUGGAGAGUGAUAAUUCACAGCUGCAGGCAGAGUACUGGAGUGAUGACGCUCUUCUGGCUUCCACCCCUGCCCCAGAUACUCAGAUCAAACCAUUUUGCUGCCACCCUGCAUCACAUGUCAGAGUAGAGGAGGAGCUAUGUGGGUGCCUUGCUUACUGGUACUUUGCACAAGCAAGGUAACAGCGCCACCUCUAGAGGGCAAUCUCAUACUAACAUCAUGGGGCAUUUCUGGUCGUUGCCGUUAUUUGACCCACCUGUACCCACUGCUGCAAAGAUCCCUCUGUGGGGAGGUCCUGAGCAUUGCAGGGGGCUGUGAAGGCUCAGAGUACAGCUUCCCUUGUUCCUCAGAGUACAACUGCCUUUCUCACCAGCCCUCCCUGCAGCUUCGGCUCCGCGUUCCUGUGCAGACUAUGAUAUGGGAUCUGCGCUUCCCUAAGCGCCACCCUUUCAGAGGGCACUGCAUGUGCACAUUGUGCACCUCUCUGCUAGCUCGCGGGGGCUCGGCUGUGAUCCCUCCCUUGGCCAGGCCCCUGUGGGAAAUCAAGUGCUGGAGCUAGAGUCACAGUCCGUCGGUUCCUUCCUGGAAGUGCGGCUGGAGCUGUGCAGAGGUGUUUUGGCUCCAUCUCACCAUGCACAACCAGCCCCAUCAGGCGUUUUUCUCUGCGACCUCUCAAAUCCUCUUUUCCUGCCGUAGUCAGAACUUUUCCUGGGGCUAAGUUCUGUUACACAGAUGUAAAUCCAGAGCAACUCCAUUGAAUUCAGUGGUGUUUACGCUGCUGUGACUGGUAGCAGAAUCUGGCCCUUGACUUCAGAUCUCGUUUCUCCAUAGUGUUGCUCCAGGACAGUGGGAGCAAUAGCCACCUCCACUCCUCGUCCUGUCUCCACCAUCUUGCGGAGCAUGAGAGAUACCUGUAGGAAAUGGGAUCUGCCACAUGCGAGGGGGUUGGACUGUCCCUUGUCCUGAUAUGGGCUGAAACCCAUUGGAUGUAUCCAAAUCACGGACCCAGUGGCUCCAGCUGCCCCAUUGUGUGUUUCCCCCACACCCAGGCUCUAGAAGAGUGCUCCUCUCUCUGGCUUUAUUAAUUAGAGGAUUAUGGGACGAUGAGUGGGUGGGGCGAUCAAGGCACUGGCAUGGGGGUCCAGGAGACUUGGACUCAGUUCCUAGCUCUGCUGCAGACUCUGUGUGGGGCCUUGGGCCAGUCUCUGGCUGUAGGUCCCAGCUGCACAGGGGGAUAAGGGCAGGGCCCUGCUGCGUGGGGUGGUUGUGAGGCCCAAUCUGCGCACCGUUCGGAGGUACUUCGAUUCUGCAGCGAUGGGGGCAGGUCAGUAUCUAGCCAGAUAUUCUCUGCAGCUUGCUAGGCUGUUCCACUGUGCUUGCACCACCCCAGCCAUGGGACCCGCUGACUUUACGGCUUUUCAUCUCCCCAUGCCCGGUAGGAUCUGCUGAAUGGGGUCGCUCAGGGCAGAUGCCAGUCCGCUGGGCAGAUCAAUCACGGGGGUUACCUCAGGUAUAAAUACAUGCGACAAGCAUCCCUAAUGCCACUUCUCUCACUGAAAGCAUCGUUCCAGUCUUAAUGCUCCCUCCAUGCUGCUCUUCUUGGAGCUGGGAGUGUCUGGGCUCUCCACCCCCACCCCAAAAAAAGACAGCUGGACUUCAGGACUGCUUGACCCUGCUCCACGGCACCCACCCACUGGCUGCGCCAUGCUGUUGCUGCUGCCAUGAGCAGGGUUGAAAGUAACUUAAAGGACUUACUGGAGUCUUUAGGAGGGGGCAGGGCCUCAACCGGAAAAGGCGUGGCCUCUAGUGGAAGAGGUGGGGCCUUUAAAUCCUCGGGCACUUUAAAUCAGGAUU